AUGAGUAUCUAUGGUGACACGUUAAGAACACGAUUCACAGGAUUAGAUGGUGAUAACACUUCACCAUUUAUGGUAAGAUAUAAGUUGAGUGAUGUAUCGCCGAAGCAUAUCCAUCCACAUUUAGCUGUUUUAAGCUCCAGUUGCCAUGUUAAGCACCACUGUACUACCUUGUUAAGCUCCAUGCUGAUGCAAUUUUGCAUAUUUUUCAGCUCAUGUAGAGAAAAUGAAUAUACUACUUUAAGAUCAUCUGCAUAUAGAAGGGGCUUACCCACACGAAAACUUUCACAAAUUUCAUUGAUAAACACUAAAAAGAGAAAAGGGCCUAAGACACUAUCUUGUAUUACACCACUUCUAACAGGGACAGCGUUAGACAACGAAGAUUUUCAACAUUCCAGAAAUAGUUUCUGUGAAGUAUUAUUAUUCGUUCAUGCAGUUUACGUAGAUGAAAUUCCCUUUUUUUCAAUUUAUCGAACAUUGCUACUUCACAAAACUCAAAUUGAUUCAUUCUCUCAAUUUCUUAAACAACAAUGCUAUCACGAGAAGGCAUUGAGUAAAACUUUCUUGCCAGUGACUGUAUACGCGUGGUUAUGUGAGAGCAUUUCGAGAGGGAGAGCGGACUCGCCCCAUCCUCGACCGAAAAAAAUACCAAAUAAAAUAUGGUUGAAAUACCUGAUGUAUAUUGCAGAGGCUGAGAUUGGUGUUCUGGAUAUAACAGGCAGGGCUAGGCAGGAAGCAGGACUGAUAAGGAAUCUAAACUGA